AUGACACCAAAAUCUGCACGUUCGAAGAGAUCUCGAUCCCAAAAGUCAAGAACUACCAGCCCAUCUACCCAAACUCCUCGCGCAGGAAUCCGAAAAUCGCGAAGCAUAAGCCCGGCGACGAAACGACGCCCGAAGUCUCAGAAGGAAAAGAUUGAAACACUGUUCGCUCGCGGUUUGGAUCAAGAUGUUUUCGUGACGGUUACUCCUGGUAAGUCGGCUCUCUUUCCAGGCUUUGAUUAUUUGAAGAAUCCUGGAGAGUUGAACUAUGAUGACUCUGAGGAUGCCUAUACUAACUCAUCUAGUUCUUUUACAUCAUGCCAAAAGUCUUUGACCAAGUCGAUGAGUGAUCUUUCAAUCUCGACUCAUCCCGGUCUUCAUAAGAUGCGCACUUCUCACGCCCGAAAGCUCUCGGAGCAGCCAGGGUUAAAAGAAGCGUAUAAUAAGAGACUUGCUGAGCUACGACUGAGGGUUAGGAAGAUAGGACAAGAGCUCUCUGAGAGACGCAGCGCUGCUGAUUGUCAGAAGCAGCAAGCGAGUUUACUGGACUGGAGCAGAGUCAGAGUGGAUAGACCCCAAUCUUGCUGGGACGAGAUGGAUUGGGAAGGCGAUGGAAAGUGGGAGGGUGAGGCUGAUUGGCUAGCUUGGGAACAGGAGCAUCUUGUGAUUACCUGA